GGACAUCCAAGAGGACAGAGACCUCUGGGACCAGAUACAGGUGGUCUGGGUAGGCCUGCAUGGACAUCCCCAUCAACAGCGGAGACUUCCACUUUCUGCAGCUGGCCUGUGUGGCCCUCGGCCUGGUGGCUGGCAGCAUCAUCAUUGGCGUGUCCGUGUCCAAGGCCGCAGCUGCUGUGGGCGGUGUCUUCCUUGGUGCUGCUGGGCUGGGUCUCCUCAUCUUCGCCUACCCCUUCCUGAAGGCUCGGCUCAACCUGGACCACGUCCUGCCUUCAAUAGGAGGCCUGAGAAUCCACCCUAACCCAGGGCCAGACCAUGGAGAGGGAAGAUCCAACACCAAUGGCAAUAAAGAAGGAGCCCGCAGCAGCCUGUCCACUGUGAGCAGGACCUUGGAGAAGUUGAAGCCAGGAGCUCGAGGGACCGAGGAAGGCUAAGGGGCUGCCCUGCUCACCCUUCCUGCCUGCUACCCCUGUCUCAGAGAUGGAAACACCAGACCUGCAUUCGCCUCCAGCCAAGCCUCUUCGGAAGAGAUUCCACAGGCCUUGCUGCAGGCCCCAUGGGGCUCCCUGAUUUCCCUCAUCACUUGGCUUUUCUUUCUGUACUGCAACUCAGCUUUGCUCCCUUUUUGAUCUCCUGAUUUAUCUGGAAUUUGAGGCCCAGAACCCCAACUACACCCAGUGAGGUUCCAGUCCCUUGCUUCAUUCUGGCCACCGAAGAUAACCACAGGCCCAGAGGAACCACAGACUGGGCCCCCAGCUGAAUCCUCUACCCCCACCCCACCCACCCCAGCCUGGCUCUGAGUCUUUGAAGCUGGAUGGUAGGAAUGAGACCAGAUUCCUUUCAAAACGGCAAGUCCUGGGCAAUUCCUCAGGGAUAGGCCUUGAGCAGCGGUGAAUCAGAGAGGCCGUAGUUAUGCUUGGAAGAGAGAGACUCAAAGAGGGACAAGACACGAACAAAAUGAUCACUACUAUGACAGGAGUCAGGUGAGCCACUCACCUAGCAUGGGAUCAGAGAACAUGACACGCCAGCUGAGCCCUGUCCUGGGAUUCUUGCUGUUUGACUCCACCACUCCGGGCUUUGCACACUGUGGCUCCUCUCUCCCACCCUCCCCGCCCCUCCUUAACAAACUGAACACCUAGUGCUUCUGGGCCUUGGCUUUAUCCUGAAGCCCUCCCUGUUCCCACUGCCUGUCAACCUUCUCCCUACUCAAAGUCCCCUAACCACAGACUCUUCCACCAGCCUGAGUCCUCCUUUCUUGACCCCUGCAGGCAGGCUCAAAGUCUUUUUCACAAAGCAAUUAUUAUGUCUACUUACGCAUAAUGACUGUCUACUGAAUGUUGUCCCUUUUCCAGUCCCUAGUACAGGACAGGACACUCACGGAGCAUGAGUGCCUAAGUUUAGAGGAAAACCCAUCCCCUAGGCUUUCCUGGAGAAUCACACAGGGCACUCUCUGUCACAGGGCUCAGAGAGUGGAGGCCCAAGCCCUCCUUGCUCCUCUCUUGCACGUCCAGGUGUUGUGUGGCCUUCACAACAUUGCUUGGCCCCUAUAGGAACAUCUGCUCUAUGUGGCUUCUGUCAUGGUUUGACCCAGACAAGCUGGGACAGACUCAUUCUUCCAGGAUCAAUGCAGAUGACUCUUGUUCUUCUUCUUGGAAGCAUCCCCAGACUUCAUUUGAGCUCCCAGAGCCCCCAGGCUUCCCUCUGCGUGGCUCUGGUCUAUUUACCACCAUCCCAUCCACCCCCACCCCCGCCUUCAGAAGGGAGCUGAGGGUCAGGCACACAGAAGGCACCUAGUGAAUAUGGAGAAACCAAACCAAAAGUGUCAGAGCCCAUCUCACUGUACAGAUGGGAAAGCGGAGACCCCGCAGGAGCAACCACUGGUCCAGUCCCCCAGGGCAAGUCAUGAGGCCAGGCUGUGCAUUCAGAUCUCCUCUCUCUCUCUCUGCACUCAAGGUUCUGUCCUCCACAUAGACCACAGGGCCUAACUCCCUGACCACAGAGGGAGCCAAUGAGAAGGAAAUGAAUUUUACAAGUGCUGGCCAGUGGAGAUUAGUUCCUCUAGCCUAAGGGAGUCAGCUUCCUCCCUCCUUUAAACCCUUCCUCUCCACCUGUUCUCUGUCCCUUCUCCUUUCCCUCCUCCUUUUCUUCAACAGUAUAUCACGAGCACAUAACUCAAGCUCCUCCUGAUCAAUGAGGCCUCCCACCUACCUUCAGUCCUUACCUCAGUGCCCCAAAGAGGCAUUCAAGGGCAGAGGAGGCGGGAGUGGGGAAUGUGAGCCUGAGCUGUGGGGAGAGCAACCUCCCCAUCAGCCCUUCUCAGCCAUGAGCUCCCCAAGGCAGGACCAUGGUAUCCCCAGGGGCUGGAUUGGCCAGCUAUAGAGAAGUGCUGGGGACAGGGUGGAAUAAAUUGAGGAAUGAGCCCAGAAUGGUGGUACACACCUGAAAUCCAGCACUCUGAGAGGCUGAAGCAGGAGUAUCACAAGUUCAG